CACAAGCUGUUAGUCGUCACUCGUCCUCAUUCGACAAUCGGCGGAUAAACAAUAAAUAUGACUGAGGGGCAAGGAGUUAGUAGUGCAUUUCCUAUGCCACCCAUGCAGUAUGUAAACAACUAUUCUGAUGAUAACAUGAAAAGAGGAAAAGCUCCAUUGCCACCUCCACCAAUUCAGGUAGGCCACAGAUCAUGAUUAUGAAUUCAAAAGGAAAAUCGGUGCCCACAGUGCCAGUCUGAGUGUGUGUAAUCCCUAAACUAAAAGUGCCUAGAAAGAACUCUAAACUAAAAGCCCAACCCUUCCAUAAGAUACUUUGAUUUUUUUAAAAAUAUAUAUAUAUAUUUGUAAAAAAAAAAAUCAAUUGCAUAGUUGAAUAUAUUAUAUAGCUCAGUUUUUUUCAGAAUUAUAAAACCAAAGUCAAAUUUUUAGCUGUUGUAGUAUUGUAGUGUUAGGUACUCCAACUCAAAAUUUCAGAUACAUCUGACAUACACAAAGAGCAUAUCAUUGGAAAGAGCUGACUUUAAGCUUUCCAUUGACACCAAGAUAAUCUUUCUAUCACUUGUAGAAGAAAAGUUAUGAAUUUUUUAGUGAUUUAUUUUUUCCCACUAUUUGGCUUUGUAUUUAAUUUUUAAAACUGUGAUCUAAUUAUUACUCUUUUUGUACUAUUUUGGUUGUAUCUUGUUGGCUUUUAAAGUUAUACUGCUCAAAUUUGGAGAACACAUUUACAAUACAAUGUUUAACAAAAUUAAACACAUGAAUUUUGAAUUAACUUAUUAUAUUUUUUGAAAAAUUUUUUUAUAAGCAUAUAGCAUGGAUAACGACAAUUGUCGAACAAAUUUUUUUCUUCAAAAAAUGACAUAAUUAUUAAACCAAUAAAGCUAUCACUAUGAAAUUUUCAAUACAAACAGAUAAUGUCCAUCUAAAAGUAAGGCAUAUUUAACAUAAAUAAAAUACAGAUCAGAAAAAUUUAUGCAGUAGUAGAAAUAAUAUUUUAUGAAAAGCAACUGCGGCCGAGAAAUUUUUUACAUUUAAAUAUACAACUUUUAAACUAAUAAAGCUAAUGCAAUCAAAUUUUCAGUAAAAAUAGAUAGUGUCCAACCAAAUAUAAUAGAGUAUUAAAAUAUAUCAAAAGCAAUUAAAAUCAUGCUAUGCAAAAUUUUAAAAUGUCAUGUAAUCUGUCGACAUUGUUUCGGCUCCGGAGGUCUAGCAACACUUCAUCCUCAUCAAUUGGUACAUUAAAAAAAUAUGCCUCCAUUGUCAAUAUCAAAUUGGGUUGUUUGUUGAUCUCCUCCAAGUAAAUACAUAUCAAAAUUACAGGGAGUGAUUACAAUCUGUAACUCUGGAAAAUAAAAAAUAAAGAUUAGGACUAUUAAUUUAUGAAUACCGGUACAUGUAAAUAAUGAUUCAAUAUUUUUAAAUAGGCUUCACAAUGUUCUUUAUUAUAUGUACACUUAUAGCUGAUAAUAACUAGGACUAGGGGAUAUCUUACUAUCUAAUUCAUUGCUAUUUGUAUGUCAAAGCACUUUUAUCACUUUGACUUUGUUGUUUUAUCUCAGUAUAUGUAUUAGUUUUAUUGAUCCAAAGCCUGCUCUUAUAUAAUAACUAUAUAGGCCUAAAGUGUAAUUAUUAUUAAAAACCAGUUAUUAAAAAGUAUAUAUUUAAAAUCAAACUACUAAGUUAUAAUACAGGAAAUAUUUAUUUAGUUGUUUGAAAAAGGUUUUAAAUAAUAAUAACCACUGUUUACAUUAGAGAUUUACCACUUCCGGUAGAUCGAGGGGGAAAAAAUGGCCACGACUUGGCAACCUUGAAUUUUUAGUCACACGGUUCAAGCUCUCAUAAAUUUUGGGGACGAUCUAUACUCUUUAAAAUAAGUGUUUCUGCUUUUAAAAUAUAUAAUCUAUGCGAACAAGUAAUUUCCAAGUCCGAACGCGAUUUGAAAAAAAAAAUAUAGCACAGCAAACUCACUUACCCCACGUCAACUUUCCAAUUAUUCGUCUCAGCAAGGUCAGAUUUCCACUUAAUUCAUACCCUCGUAACCGGCAUGCAUCGCAGAUUUAAAUAAAACCAAGGAGAGUCCUCUAUUUUUAGAAAUGACGCAAAACAACACUAAUCACCAAGAUCUACCGAAAACGAAAAGCGCCGGCUGAUCACAGCGAUCGCCGCUCGGCAGGCCUCGUUUUUCUAACACGGGCGGCGAAAGUAUUGGAGUGCCUAGUAGUGUUAAAGUAAUAAAAUGAAUUUUAAAAAAUUAAAUUUGGGGUAGUUUAGUAUUUUCCUCAAUGAACAUUGAAGUGUCUACAUUUCCGGUGACCAGAUGAAUAAGUUCUCGAGAUAUUCAUCCGGAUAUUAUUUAUAUUCAACUCAGUCACAUGACUGCUGUAACAAAGUUGCGUGAGAUUUUAUCAUUUGCGCGAUAUAUUUGUCCGUCAGAUUUGUCAAGUAACCGCGAAUAAAAUAUUCUAUCAGAGUUUACUUCAUUUCAACAAAUUGAAGAUUGUCUGGACAUUUACAUGAAAAAUAAAUAAAUUCAAUUCUACAAAACAAAUACUAGAACCAUUGCUGGUAUAUUAUAAUGAACAACAAGUGGCAUGGUUAAAAAGUGACAAUGACCAAUGUUAAAAGGAAGUAAAGCGGACAGGCCUUCUCGAUGAAUAUCUCCCACACUAUUUGUCCAGUCGCCGGACAUAUGGACACUGCCUUUCCCAAAUGUAUUUAAAAUGACUAUUUUAAGUAUUUUUGCUUUCUAUUUUGUGACCCAUUUUUGGUAAUUUUUAGAAUAAGCUAUAACUCUGUAAAAACUUGAUGAAAAAAAUCUUAAAUUUACAGGGAAGCUAAAUUAUCAUUAUAUUUCUUAGGAAAAAAAAAAAAAUUUCUGUAAAUUUUUUUUUUUCAUAAAUGGGCAAAACUUCCACACUUUGUUAUUGUCACUUGUGACCCCAUUCCGGUGAUUGGCAUCGUGUACAGUACAAUAAUUUUAUACAACUUUUAUUUUCAGAAAAAUAAGUAAUUUGAAUAAUCUUAUGCAAUUUAUAAAUAAAUUGUAAUUUAUCUAAUUAUGCACUAUAAUGUAUAUCAGUAAAUUUAAUAUAAUAUAUUAUUAUUCUCUAGGGGUGUGCCGGAAUCCGGUCCGGAAUCCGUUACCGCCGGAUUUUGCACUAUCCGGUGAAAUCCGGUUCCGCCGGAUUUACAUGUAUCCGGAACUACCGGAAUCCGGAAUAUACCGGAUUUGUGUUGGGAGAAAUUAAUCUCCUCUUUUAAUUUUAAUUGGCGCGUUGUAAGCAGUGCCUAACAAAGGACGAUACCAUAGAAUCAACAAUAAUAAAGAUACGACCCAAAACAGUUUCUAGUUACAAUUAAUAAUAUUUAUUAAUUCUAAUUACAAAAGAAAAGAAAAUAUAAUUACAAUCUUCAACUUACAGUAUGGUAGAUCUUGUACCGGUACACAGUUAACACAGUUAGAAUAAUGUGCCAAUAAAUAAUGCGAAAUAAACACAUAUAAGCUCACAAAUACACAAAGAAUAAAACACGGGCCUAAGCCACACCCCUUUGUGAACACAGCGUCUCAUGCGGGGUCAAUCUGAGGGCACGCACGAGAAAUAUUAUGUAAACAAGCUCUCUAUAACAACGAUACAUUAAUCGAUUGUUUCGAGCGUUGAGCUUGUUUAAUGUUUAAUAUUCCGAACAUACCAGAGGCUAGAGUCAGCACCGCUAAUAGUGGCCAAUAGUACCAAAAUCCGGAAUCCGGGAGAAACCGGAAUCCGGAUAAUUCCGGAAUCCGGAUUCGGCGGAUUUCGCAUAACAAAAUCCGGAUCCGGAUUGAAAAAACGGAUCCGGCACACCCCUAUUAUUCUCUUUACCAAGUCUACGUCAUCCAUUAUACCGGUAUGUACUAUAUAGUCUAUAUUAAGGCAACGCAUCCCCUUAUUACUAAAUACUGUUUAGGGACUACAUAUUUUGAACGUUCAACUUUGGCACAUGACUUAUUGACUAAUUAAUUAAAGCUUUCACUGACCAAUGGUUUAAUAGUUUUUUGCACACGGCAAACUCUUAUGAAUGAAACUCUUAGCUAGUACUACGGUAUAGCCAUUAUGUAAGUGACUAAAUGGUUGGCCAUGACGUUUCGCACACGACAAAUUGUGAUAAUUUAUAACAUGGACUCAACCAGGGUUUUGGGCCUCAAAUUAAAAUAUUAUUGUUUAAAUUACAUCUAAGUUCAUUCUAAAACACAAGUUAUCAAAUAUUUUGUUGUAAAUAGUGGUAGUAAUUAAAUAGAGCCCAAAUAUCUGCAUCUGAGCUUGAUCGUCUUGACAUAUCAUCCCUAGAUUUGCCUCCUUUUUUCUGUGUUAGUUCACAUUUUGAAGUUUUUCAACCGGUUUCAGAACAAGAGGUCAAAAUUUUUAUUCUUAAGUCUAAACCUACGUCAUGUUCUUUGGACCCCCUCCAUACCCCCCUGUUGGUUGAGUCUUUAGAUCAUUUACUCCCAACGAUAACCCAUGUAGUCAAUGAAAGCUUAUUUUCUGGCACUGUUCCCUCUAUUUGUAAGUCAGCUGUCAUCAAUCCAUUGCUUUAGAAGCCUGGUCUGGAUGAAAAUAAUUAAAAAAACUAUAGACCUGUAUUCCUGUAUCUAACUUACCAUUUUUAUCUAAAAGUCAUUGAAAAAAACUAGUUCUAAAAACAACUUUUUGCUUACUUAAAACGACCACUCUCGUAUCAGUCCUAAUCAGUCGGCCUAUAAACCUUUCCAUAGCACUGAGACAGCUCUCUUGAGAGUCAGCAAUGACCUCUUGCUGGCAUUGGACAGCGGUGAUAUUUCCAUCCUGAUCCUCUUAGACCUCAGUGCGGCCUUUGACUCUGUAUACCAUGAAACCCUUUACAAAAUCCUUGAUAAUUACUUUGGAAUUUAUGGAUCAGUUUGGCUACCUCUCUGGCAGAACAUUGAUGAUUUAAGACAUGGAUGACACUCAGUAAGUUGAAGCCAACGAUGAAAAACAGAAGCACUCCUUAUUCACGAUCACAAAUCAUCCUCUAACUCAGCUCUCCUCUCUUCAUUUUAUGUAGAUAACUCCGAUAUACAGUUUACGUUCUCUGCUAGGAAUCUUGGUUAUAUUCUGUUUAAUAACAUGUCUCGAUAAUCAUAUCUUUCACAUUUGUGGCUCUGCUUACACCACUAUUCGCCAGAUCAGCUCCAUCCGCCAAUACGUCACAUUUAGUGCAACAAAAACCCUAGUCUGUGUUUUCAUUCUCUCUCGUCUUGACUAUUGUAACUCUCCUCUAUCAGGUUCACCAAAACACUUCUUAAAAAAAUUACAAAAGGUUAAAAACUCAGCCGCUAGGCUAAUUCUAAAAUUAAAAAAACGUGAUCAUGUCACACCACUACUUCAUUCACUUCAUUGUCUCCCUGUACAAGCACUGAUUGACCACAAACUCUCUGUUCUCUGCCACAACUUUUUCUCGAAUUCUUCCCCUUCCUAUCGAACCAAACUUCUCUCUGUCUAUUCACCCCUUCGUCAGCUGUGCACCUCCGCAGAUGCGCAUAUUCUUUCUGUCCCCAAGACUAGCACAAAACAUACGGUGAACGAUCGUUCUCUGUCUGUGCCCCCAAAAAAUUGAAUUCUCUUCCAUUACAAAUCCGCAGAAUACCGACCAUCACAGCCUUCAAAACUGCACUCAAAACACAUCUCUUUAAUCUCUACUAUCCUGGCUGAUUCCUCCACUGACCAAAAAACGAUGCUAUUGAGUGUCAUCCAUGCUUGACAUGUAAAUAGUUUUAAAUAUACAAAUGACAUCGGAAUAGCUUGAAUGUAAUGGUACCCAUGUGCAAAUGGUGGCGCUGCGUGUCUGGGUCCAUUUUGACUCGGUGCUGUUCGGAUUUUAUGGUAGUUUAUUUUAGUUAAACUGAAGAAUUAUGUUUACAAACAUGUAGUCCAUUCAAUUAUCUUUCAUUUGAUACCUCAUUUUGUCUUACAAACUCAACAAUAAAAUUUUUAAUCCCAACCUCUCACUUCUGGUUCCUGGGUAUGAAUAGUCGCAGCCUUAUGGCAAUGCAGGUCACUUACAUGAGGAUAACUAAUGGCUGACAUUUCCCAGCUCAAUGAGAAUUAGCACACAUAUACAUCAAUAUAUUUUACAGGGGUAAAAUUAAUAUUAAUAUGAAAGACAUAUAAUUUGAACUUCAUAUGAAAUUUUGUAGGGAAAGAUGCCUAAUAUUUACCCAUUAAUUUCUAAUAUUUGUAAAGGUCAUUUGAAAAGGCAAAAAUUUAUAAUGGGAUUUGGUGCAUGAGAAUGAGUUUUUAAUUUUUGGAGGUCAGUGCUUUUGCAUUAUGAAAGGUAAAUGACUAUUUUGUCAUAAAAUUGUAAUAUUCUUACAAAUGUUCACAAGAGGGGACAUCUUGACCUACUUUCCAACAUACUAUUUUGUAUUUUUCUGUAUCAACCUAACUUUGUAAAUUCAUCAGUUAUAUAUGAUUUCAUCUAGGUGAUACUUAUCAAUGCAUAUAUAUUUGUAUAAAUGCAUUUGAUUUUCAUAUUUUGUUAUUCUUUCGCUAUCACUUUCUUAAAAUAUUUUGUUAAUUUUGGUUCAAAUUACUAAGUAUUAGUCUAUCAUAAUCAUUUAUAUGGACUUACAAAUAAAAUUAUGGUUAAUAAAAAGUUUUUAUGUUACUUUUUGCUGGGACUUUUUUUUUCCUACAAUCCCACAGUUUUUUUCCUACAAUCCCACAGAGGUCCACAAUUAUUUUAAUUGGCCAAUCAUAAAUGAUAAAAAAAUAGAGCCAGGGCCCAUUGAAUAAACAAUAAAUAUAACAACAUGUUGUCAAUGUUCUAAAUUCUUAAAAAUAAUUUGUUCCUCAUCUUCUAUUGUUUAGAUGUUUAAUUUCCUUACUAAUGGUGUGACUAUUUGUUGUAGGACGCUUACACCAUGUUUGGAGCUCACUUCUCUGCCGAUGAAGCUAUUAUUCGCCCUCUUGAAGCAUCAGGCUGUCGCAGGCUGUAUCCUCACAACUAUGACCAUAAGAGAGAACUGAAAAAGCUUAAUCAUUCUAUACUGGUGAGGUUAAAUCAUUCUAUAAUGGUGUGGUUAAAUCAUUCUAUGCUGGUGAGGUUAAAUCGCUGUAUAAUGGUGAGGUUAAAUCACUCUAUAAUGGUGAGGUUAAAUCAUUCUAUAAUGGUGAGAUUGAAAUAAUGAAUAAGAGUCCUUGAAUUAUUCUUGUUAUUCUAACUUAUUUCUACUGGUGGUGUUCAACAAUGCUCUAAAUAUGAUCAAUAUGAAAGACCCACUACAAAAACACUGGAAAUAACAAUGUAUUUUUAAAUGUUGACUUCAGGAUUUUAAUUUUCAUAUUUCAAAUAAUAGGCCUUUUUUUGCUUGGUUUAAAAAUAAAUACCAAUGAUGAAUUACAUCAUUAUGCUAGAUUAUAAUAGCAUAGAAUAUAAUAGCAUAGAAUAUAAGGUUUCCUGUCUGAAAAUAUAGGCAGCAGCAACUUUUGGUAUUUUAUGAACAUCUGAUUUGAUCACAUAAUUCAAUGGUUUUAAACACCCCCCCCCCCCGGCCCCAGUUGACAAGUCUGUGGUGACUUGUCGAUUAGGAGGCGUCGGCCACCGCCCCCCUUGGUGUUACCCGGGGGUUAUAAUAGCAUAAAAUAUAAUAGCAUAGAAUAUAAGGUUUCCUGUCUGAAAAUAUAGGCAGCAACAACUUUUGGUAUUUUAUGAACAUCUGAUUUGAUCACAAAAUUCAAUGGUUUUAAACACCCCCCCCCCCCCGGCUCCAGUUGACAAGUCUGUGGUGACUUGUCGAUUAGGAGGCGUCGGCCACCGACCCCCUUGGUGUUACCCGGGGGACAAAUUUACUGGGUGUGUCCUGCGUGGGCAGACAAGGGAUGUGCUCAGUACCUGCCAUACUUAAAACAGCUCCUACAGGGCUGCCAGUUGUGAUAUUUCCCAACUGGAACAAUAGGCAGAGACAGGGUAGGGAUCAUGAUCACAAGUUGCAGUUCAUGGAUAUGAGGCAAGAAGCGAAGGUGGUAACCUCUGGCCGAUGAUUCUUACAACGCAGCCCUGAGAAGCUGCUCCAAGGCAACCGUUUCGUCCCAGCUGCAUCGCGAAUUAGUUGCGUUGUGGAAACCCACUAUAGAAUCCCUCUUAUAGGGCAUCUAACGCUUCCCCGGGAUGGGUGGGGGAAGAUAUUGGGACGUACAUUUUUCCAUCCCAACACCUGAGAAAGUCGAUCGUGUGCACUGUGUGUAAACACAGUGUCGGACCAACCGGGUGUCUUUGGGUUAGGACGGCCCCCGGCGGAGACCUGGUCGAGCAGACUCGGGUGGGGGCCGUCCUGACAAAGGGAUAUCCGUGACGGGUUGGGGAGGGGUGUUUUGGGGAGGGCAUUAAGAGUGCAAGCUCCACGGCCCGCUGACGCCAUUUCUUAAUGUAACAUAUUUCAAUGGUUUUAAACAAUAUUGUAUUUCACAGGUAAAUUUUUUAGAUCUCUUGGAUGUGUUGAUCAGAGCCCCAGAAUCACCAAAGCGAGCAGAAAAACUGGAAGACAUUAAUUUACUUUUCAUCAAUAUGCAUCAUUUAAUUAAUGAAUUCAGGUAUUACUAUGUGGUUUAUAUUUACUUCCUAUAUGGUUAAUAUUUACUGCAUAUAUAUUAAUAUUGUAAGGAAACUGAGUGUCACGCCUCGUUCGUCUAUCUACUUUAUGUGGAUGGUAACCUCGUUUACUCUCUCUUACUACAACACUCACGUUGACUCUUAGCCUUUCACUUUAUUUUGAUCUGCUCCACAAUCAAGACCUUGGAACACUGCUCUGACUGUCAUGUCUAUCUUUAGACUGUCCGACUUGCCCUCCGCCCGGCUGAAUUCUCUCCAGUCCUGUCCAACAGUCCCUUUUUAUAAGUCCCACCCCUCUAGAGAUUCCUUGUCAGGUCUUUAAUCUUAAUCCCAAAUCUCAGGCACUUAAAUUUUCCCACCGUCUAAUUGGUCAUAAACCCGCAGCAUAACGGUUGUCCCGGGGCAAUCUGAUACGCCAGAACCUUUGGUCAGUUGGUUGGUUACCAUGCUGUGCAAUCUGAUACGCCAGAACCUUUGGUCAGUUGGUCGGUACCCUGCUGUGGGAUUCCCCCCACCCCUGUACCCCCAGGUCUGAACACUCCACACUAUUUACUUCGCCGUAUGGUUAAUCUUUACUUCCUGAUAGCUUGUACUUAUUUCAUAUCAGUCAAAAUUUGAUCAUUUGUCACAUAUUUUAAUCUAUAUUACACUGUGAAUGUGAUUUUUAUUGGUUAAAAUUUAUUUUAAAAUUUAUAUGUUUAUAUAUAUGUAUGUAUAUAUAUAUAUAUAUAUAUAUAUAUAUAUUUCCAUACUAGACCACAUCAGGCCCGUGAAACAUUGCGAGUAAUGUUGGAACUACAGAGAUCUAAGAGAAUGGAAAUAGCCCAGAAAUUCCAAGAACACUUUGAUAAAGUAUGUAAAUGUAAAGAUGGUUUAACUUAAAUUCUUUGAUAAAGUAUGUAAAUAUUAUUAAAUUACUAUUCAUUUAUUUUAAAUUUGGAAAUGCCAAUGAGUCAUAAGUUAAAGAAAAGAAAAAGUAGACCUAAAAGCUCAUUGAGUCAUCUUAUACAUUUUUUUGUACAUAUAUGUUUCUUUGUUCCAUCUUGUUUUUCAAAGUGUAAUUUUGUUGUUGAUAUGUGACUAUCGCUCAGUUGAUCAUCUGUCUCCUGUAGUGCUCACCCCAUGAUCGCCGUGAGAAGGGUGGUUAGUGGAGUUCAGAUGAGAGCUCUAGGGUUUUGGGAGAGGGUUUUUUCAGAAAGGUCAAGGGCAGGGCACACGGCAAUAAGACUCAGGCUGCUGUAUGCUGGGUAGUGGGGAUGGGGUCGUGAGUGAUUAGGAAAUCACAUGAUGCCCUCUUGCUAUGGUUUACCCGAGUGCUUGAAACAGUGUGUGUUGUGACAACUAUUGGAAUGUCUAUAAUAUACAGAUUAAAAUUUUAAUGUAAGUAGUUGCAAAUAAAAAAUAUAAAAAUAAUUUUUUUAAAUGACUUUCUAUCAAAGAUGAAUUUAAAUGCACUAAAAAGUAGAAAAUAAUUUUAAAUUUCUAAAAAUAAUUACGCAAAGGAAGUCGUUGAAUUGUUUUUCAAAAAUUUUUUUAAAUGAAACAUUUAAGUUUCAUCUACAUUCAAUUCAAAUCCUUUGACUUCAUAGGAUACUCAUCUACACUUCUACACACUCUUUAUUGCAUAAUGCAUUUUAAGAAAUUGUAAAUUAUGUUCUACUUUUUAGUGCGUUUCAACUUGUCUUUGAUAGAAAGUCUUUAAACUUGUCUUUGAUAGAAAGUCUUUAAACUUGUCUUUGAUAGAAAGUCUUUAAAAUUUUUAAAAACAAAAUUUUCUUUAUUAAUUUUUCCACUUUUAUAAAUAAUACCAUCAUUUAAAAAAGUGCUGGUAUGCUGGAAGCUAUAUUCACAUUAUCGGUACCUUUCAAUAUCAGGAAGGAUCAAGAUAUUUCAAGUUCUCCGGUGAGGAAUGAAGAAUAUAAAAUAUUUGAAAGUUAUAGAAUUGAAAUGAAAAUAGCUUUUAGUAUUUUAGAUAAUUUUGUUUGAAAACUCUCCAGGUAAUGGAUCUCAUUCAGUCUGCUGUUAAUGCCAUUCCUGAUGAUGUGAGUUUGGAUUCGAAUCUCUUGUCAGAAUCAGAUUCCAUGGGCCAAGCUGCCGAUAUCAAAAUGGAAUUUAUGGAUGCUGAGGCCUGUGACAGUCUGGACAAAAUGAUGUGCCAAAUAGUUGAUGACUUGACGUGACUUUAAUCAGUUUGAAUUCAACAACAAAAUGAUAAAUGAUGAACAGAACAUUUGUAUUGAUAGGUUACUGAAGCAUGCAUUAAAUGAUGAACAUUUGUAUUGAUAGGUUACUGAAGCAUGCAUUAGAUGAUGAACAUUUGUAUUGAUAGGUUACUGAAGCAUGCAUUAAAUGAUGAACAUUUGUAUUGAUAGGUUACUGAAGCAUGCACUUAAUGAUGAACAUUUGUAUUGAUAGGUUACUGAAGCAUGCAUUUAAUGAUGAACAUUUGUAUUGAUAGGUUACUGAAGCAUGCAUUAAAUGAUGAACAUUUGUAUUGAUAGGUUACCGAAGCAUGCAUUAAAUGAUGAACAUUAGUAUUGAUAGGUUACUGAAGCAUGCAUUAAAUGAUGAACAUUUGUAUUGAUGAUGGCUAUUGAUGGGUUACUAAAGCAUGCAUUAUAUUAUGAGUAGUUGAGUAAGUUGAAGACAAUGUUGAUAUUGAAAUCUCUGAUAAAUUGUAAGGAAACCUAACAGCUGGAAGUGGAUUAACUAAAACAGUUUUUUUAAUGUAUAGAUUAUUUGUUCCCCAAAGAGCAUGAUAUGUUUCUUUAAGUCUCCAAGAGGAAUCUAUCUCUAUUUAUGUUCAAUGCCCAGAAGCUAACUUCAUCUCUCUUGUAUGCUGCCAGAAGCUAACUUCAUCUCUCUUGUAUGCUGCCAGAAGCUAACUUCUUCUCUCUUGUAUGCUGCCAGAAGCUAACUUCAUCUCUCUUGUAUGCUGCCAGAAGCUAACUU